AUGCCGUCGGCCUUAGGUAGCAAAAAUGGGUUGUUGGCGAGGGUUAAUUUUCCCUUAUAUUCCGUUCAAAUGCUGACAAGCAGGCACGUUUUAGUAGCUGGUGGUGGAGGUUCAUCUAAAACUGGCGUAGCAAAUGGAUUCGAAGUUUUUGAAAUUUAUCAUGAUGGCUAUUGUUUUAUAGCAGAAGAAGUUUUAAGACAUGAAACAGGUCCGAAUGUAGUUAUGAAUUGCACUGUGCACAGCACGGAAAAUCGUACUUAUUUAGCUUCCGGACAAGAAAGCCAUUGUCAAUUAUAUUCAUUGAUUAGCUUGUCCAAAGAUGGAAAAGCCAUAAUGUGGGAUAUAUCGAGUGGGAAAAAAAUCCACGAAUUAACCUGGGAACCACCUCAGGGUUGUAAAUACAUGUAUAAACGUUGUCGAUUCGGAGUAGUGGAAGAAGACAAAGAUAAAAGUAGAUUAUUUAUAUUGACAAAUCCUGUUGGCCACCUGGGAAAAUUAAAAGCUUAUUUACAAUUGUGGGAUGCUGAGAGUGGGAAUUUAGUGAAAUUAACGUCAUUCACGGAAAACGUUUCAUCGUUGGCCGUCAGGGAUGACGGUCGAUUCGUUGCCGUCGGUACAAUGUUUAGCGGAAGCGUUGAAAUAUUUAUUUCGUUCAGUUUACAGAGAGUUUUGCGCGUCAACGGUGCUCACAACAUGUUCAUUACCGGUUUAGAAUUUUUACCCGUAACAAGUGACCUUAUAUCAGUCACGUCAAAUGCUGAAGCAGCCGUGAUAAGCGUUUCGGUUGACAAUCGCGUGUGCAUACACACUCUUUAUCACAGACGUUUCAUACCUUCUUGGCUUGCCAUAACAUUAAUCGUCAUAACAUUAUUUUUUACGUUUGUCAUAUGCAGCAUUAUCGGGCUAUGA